UAGGUAAACUUGAAGUUUCAAUGUCAAAUGUCACGAAAAAAGUCUUAUGUAAAGAUUCACGACAAAAGUAAUAUGUAAUGUAAGCAAAGUGCGUUUGGUCGUUUAUUGUGAUUUCAUCAUGACAAGCAAAGCUGCAAAAGUUGGCGAACUUUUUGCUAAAACAAUCGCCAGUACAAAAUGUUUUGACCAUAACCUAAAAAAAUUGAAGGUUGUGUGCUGUGAUAGUGGAAGACUGGUAACAGAAUUUCAAGUUGGUCCAGAACAUUUAAACCAAAGAGGAACUCUCCACGGAGGUUUUAUAGCUCAUUUAGUAGAUGCUAUAUCUACAUAUGCUUUAACUGCCAAUGAAGGUGUUGAAACUAGAGGGGUUUCAAUAGAUCUCAGCAUAAGUUAUAUGAAUGCUGCAAGGGAAGGAGACAAUGUUGAAGUUGAAGCAAUAACACGGAAGCUAGGCAAGAAGGUAGCAUUCUUGGAAGUUGAAGUCAGAAAUAAAGAUAAAAAUCAACUUUUAGCCACUGGGCGCCAUACCAAAUAUGUUGGAAUUUGAAAUAUUUAGACAUUACGUAUAUAGUGUAGUGUAUAUAGUGGUAGCAAUUAUCUAAUUAAGUUUAAUAAAUCAUUGACUCGUUAAA